AUGAACGGUAUUGGGUGUAAAUCUGAGGAAUUGGAGGACGCCCAUAACGUCCAAAGUGAUGAAUCUAAUCAAUCGUUCAUUAUGGAGACCACAGUCUCAUUGGAAUCAAGAGUGAAUGACAAACCUCAGGAAAAUGAAAAACACAAAGAUCCUGAUCUAAUGUUAAAAUCGGUCGAAAGAUUAACCCUUGAGUUUGUCUCUUCGGCUGAACAGUUGAGAACCAACAGUAGUGGUCCUACCCAUCAUAGUCACAAUUUUGUACAAGCCACAGUGACAACGGAUAGUUCUGGCGGCAAUGAUUGCACAACAACGGCAUCCAUUUCCAAUGACACUUGGGAUGAAGAUACUUGCCCCAAUGAUGUAAGUUUUCCCAGUGUUAGUAUGUCGGUACCCAAAAUUGUCUCCAUCACCUAUGACGAAGAUGAUGAAGAUCAAGCCACCACAGCUGAUUACAAGGAGCUAAAUGAUUUUGCAGAGAAUACACCGAAUAUUGAUGAAUUGCCGGCACCCGAUUUAUCUUUAGAUUUCGAUAAUAUUGGUGUACAACAGGCAAAUGGCAAUGGUGGUUAUAACUAUGAUUCUCAGCCGUCAUCCAUUGAUUGUUAUACCGACAAAACGUUGGUAAAUGAAAGGAGCGGGGAUGUAUCGGAUAAAACCCAAAUAGAUGGUAAACAGACAGAUAAACACGAAUCGGCAACAUCUGAAAAUUCUUCCUGUGGCCUGAAUUUCAAAUUGGGUGGUAUUGUGCAGACUGCGGCCGCUGCUCCUUCGUUGUGUUUCAAUGUCAGUGCAAUGACAAAUUCUACCUUCAUAGCCCAAGAGGCUAGAAAGCUGGCCAAUAACCUACAGGCUGCAGACACUGAUUGUGAGGAAGAGUUAACCUUUAGCAUUAAUAGCCUGGAUUUGGACAAUAUUCGACCACCAUCCGGAAUGGAUUCAUUGAAUAUUUCUGGCUAUUAUCAAGAUACCCAUACACAACCGAAUUCACUGCAAAAUUCUCCGCAAAUGCAUUUCAAGUCUCCGAAAUUCCCGCGCAAAACAUUACCUGCUGGUUUGGUAGCACGCAGAGCAUUGGGUCAAAUGCCUCCACAUCUUAGCGGAAGUGCGGAGUCGGUUAAUUCUUCGUGCAACUUGUUACUGGAUAACAUAAAACCGCCCAGCUUAAUGGACGAACUGUUGGACUCGAUGAUAAGUGUCUCCAGCAUACAAUCUGAAAUUGCCGACGAUUGUGCCAGCAUGGCCACAACCGUGACGGUGUCAAAUUAUGAAACAGCUAAUGGGGGUGGUGUAACAUUGGGCGGUGAGGAUGGUGACACCAUAACAUUGCGGAGCUACAGUGAAGAUCAAUUGCCACGCGAUGAUGACCAACAUACCUAUAACGAUGGAAAUAUUACACCAUUACCAUCCGAUUAUGAUUUCAGUUCAGCGGAAAGUACACCAAAGAAAUCCUACACAUCGUCUCCUGGCUUGGGAAUAAGAAAUCUAACUCCGAAACAGAAACGACAAGUUGUUAAAGAUCGUUAUCGUACCUAUACCAUUGAUGGGGAAAUGAGCGAAGAGUUGAGAAGAAAAAUUGAGGAGGCGCAAAAAGAUGAGACGCUACAAAUUGAGAUAACCAACUAUGAGACCAACAGCAACACCUUAGAGAAUGGAAAGUGCAACAGCGGUGAUGGUGAUGAUGAACAAAAACAAGAGAAUGAUUUACAAAAUACACCACGCAGCCGAAGAAGAUCUAGUCAGGAACGUUAUAGAACUCAAACUAUAAGCUAUUCUGAUUUGCAGGCCCAUUUAAAACAAGAAGCCAAUUCCACAGAUAUAACCUCAACCUCAAAUUAUAGAUUUACACACACAACCAGUGAUACUGUGUUGUCAACCGAUCAGACCGAAUUGAACACUAAAUUGGAUCAAGAUCUAACAAGUUUGGAAUAUGAUCAGAAUUCUGAAACAGAAUCAUGUCAUAACUAUGAUACAAAACCGCAUGUCUUGACAGAUUGUGAAGAAGAACAAGAGCCAGAUGAUCCAGAAACGGAAACAAUAGAAGUGAUUAGACCAAGGAUUGUUAUACCCGGUGAAAAAAAUGCGAGCCAUAAUGAUGCUAAUGCGGAAAAUGGCGAAGAGGAACAAUCCUCGCCGGUGAAGGCGAUUCGGGGAGGUAAGAAGCCACAAUAUGUCUCUCCCUAUAGUAUGAAGUUUCAAAAAACCAGUGAGCCAAGUAAACCGGUGAAAGCACAAGCGACAACACCUGCUACAGCAACAAAACCAAAUUUGCAGUUAAGAAAACCCAAUGGAACUUCUGUUGUGGCUGCUAAUACCAAAUUGGCCCAAAAGAAACCUCUAAAGGAUGCUGCAGUUAAAGAGAAAACCACAAACGAGGUGGCAAAGGAAGUACCACCGCCCGCCCCGCUGGAACGUCAAGGCACCUUUGUCAAAGAUGAACCAUCCGUGGAUGCCUCCACAGUGCCAGUAGUUGAAACUAGUCCCAAAAAAUCCAAACUUUCAAAGCUGCCAAUGAAACGCCAAUUGUCUACACCCAGCAGCAAUACAUCACCGCAAAAAACCGCCAGUACACGAAAGCUCCCAACAUCAGCCAAUUCCGCUUUAUCUGUAACAAAUAAUCGCAGAACUUUCGGUGGUUCCAUAACAAAACCUCAAAGGGCAAACAGUAAUGUCAAUAUAAGGGUAACAACCAAUGCUGCACGCAUUGCCGUAUUGUCGACAAGGGUUUCAACCACUACUCCACCAUCGCGUAGCAAUUCAACAUUGAAUUCGGCAAAUGCGGCUGUUACUGCAGCACAAAAUGCUGCGGCAAAAAUUAAUCAAGCCCAAUCACGUAUUGCCGGGAUUUGGCGUAGGGUGGAUGAGGCAAAGAAUAAACAACAAACAACAACGACAAAAGCAACAAACAAAGGAUCUCAAUUAAGUGGAAAGACAGCAAACGCGACAAACACGACUACACCACAACCUGGUACGUUGGUACGUAGUACAACAUUUGAUAAUUCACCACCAUUGACGGUAAUAAAACCCAAAGCUGGCGUGGCAAGUUCGGCUGCUGCUGCUGGGAAAUCAAAUGGAUCGGCAUCAACAAAAAUUGCCAUGGCACAAAGACAAAUAUUGGGUAUAAGAAAAUAA